CUUUCCCCACCGUCUUUGUCUGCUAAUGCCGCGCGCGUCCAAGAGUCCCGCACGCUCGCGCUCGCCCGCGUCCGACAAGCCGCUCGCGAUGCGGCGAACCCCGCGCAAGGCGGCGCCGCCGGCUCGCCUCGGCGACGGCGACAACUGGGGAUCGAGCCCGGCAUCGAAGUGGGCGCCGCCUCCGGAGCCGACGCCAACCAAGCCGGCCGAGCGCGGCAAGGCGCUCUUCGACGCCGAGGACAGCACGGCCAAGAACAAGAAGAAGGCCAAGGCGGGCGGCGUGCUGCAGUGGUAUCGCUCGCGGCGCGAGGCGAAGCCGUGGGUGUACGGCUUGCUCGAGGGCGCAGCCUUCGCCGCUGCCGGUGAGCUGGUGGCCACUUGCAUCAUCAAGCAACAGUCGGCCGACCCGAUGAGGCUCCUCUUCUUCGCCGGCUGGGGCGCGGUGGUCGCGUUCUGCGUCGCGCCUUGGCUCAAGCUCCUCUCCUCCCUCACCCUGUCGCGCCCGUACCGGCUACUCGACUCCAUGGGCAAGGCGGUGCUCAACCAGCUCACGAUGACGCCGCUCCUCACCCUGGUCUUCGUCGCUGCGUGGGAAGUCAUGCUCAAGAAGACGCCGGUGCCGGAGCUGGCCACGCGCGGCGUCGGCCCGAUCUCCGAGCCGUUUACCGACCGCUACAAGCGCACGGCGGUCUUUUGGCUGACGGCGGACUUUGUCAACCUGCUCCUUGUGCCAAAGAACUACCACUUCCUCGUCGCCCUUGCGAUGGGCGCCAUCUGGGCCGUCCUCUCCUCCCACAUGAUGACCUGAGACCUGGCGCGCCGCGGCCACAACCUCAUUCGUUUCUCGUCGAUUGCUAGCCUCGGCGUUGGGAGGGGUGAGCUCGCGCGCCCUUGCAAACUAGUCGAGGAGGGGUUGGGGGCCCCUUCCUCCGUGCGUCUCGGGACGCACGGCAUGCGGCAGCCAGCAGCCAGCGGCGCGGCCCACGCACUAAGUGGCCCAGUACAGUCAAGAGAAACGUGUAGACAAAAUUAAGAAUGAGACUUUGAGAGUUCACAUUGUCAUUGAGAUUUGAGUAUUGAGACG